CAUGCGCAGAAUGCGACGGAAACAGAGCGUGUACGAAGCCGGUUGGCUAAAAUAUUUUGUUGAGUUUACUUCCAUUUCAUCGCCUUUUCAACCAUAAUUUGGCCAAUAAAUUGAAAUAUGCAACCAUCAAGCCUUGUGUAUUCUGUGGUGGCCUUACUUUGUGUCCUUGGCACAGGUUUGGCUGCUGAUCGAAAGAAAUUACAGAUCGGCAUCAAAAAGAGAGUAGAUCCAGAGAAGUGCAAAGUCAGGUCUAAAAAGGGAGAUGUCCUCAAAAUGCACUAUACCGGUAAACUAGAAGAUGGCACCGAGUUUGACAGCAGUAUACCUCGUGGUGAGCCAUUUGUCUUCACUCUUGGAGCUGGACAGGUCAUCAAAGGAUGGGACCAAGGCUUAUUGAAUAUGUGUGAAGGAGAGAAGCGUAAACUUGUCAUUCCAUCUGACCUUGGUUAUGGUGACCGUGGAGCCCCACCAAAAAUUCCUGGUGGCGCUACCUUAGUAUUCGAAGUAGAACUUAUCCAGAUUGAAGGUGGAAAGACCGAGUUAUGAGGACCGUUUCAUAUGCCCAUAUAGUACUUUCACGUUCACCAUACUCAUUCCAUGUAGUAUUCAUCAGUAAGAGUAGCCAGCAUGUUUGUCAUAUCUUCCAGUAGUCGGUAGGACCAGGACAGAUUCCGUUUUACCAGGUAAUUCUAAAUUGGCUGUUGACUUAAAGUGUAUCAUUCAAUGUAUGAAAGUUAGUAUCUUGUUGUUUUCAGUUUGGGGGUUAAGGAUGCAAAUUGUUUUUCUGUAUAUGUUCACCAAAUUGUCAAAGUGACAUGUUGGCUGACAAUGUAUAUGUAGUCCUUAAGCUGUUUCUCAGAGUUAUGUAGGCCUAUAGAGUAUUGAGAAAACCAAUCUUCUGUAGUCCCAGUGUCCAUUUAAAACAUACAUUUUAUGAAAAUAAAAUUAAAAAAUUGUGUGAAUUCUCAGUUUGUUCUUGAAGUUGCGGUAUUCAUUUUUGUUUUUAUUUCAUGAGAAUAAACUUUUGAUGUCUGUG